AUGAAAGUAGAAGCGGUUAAAACUUGGGAAGAUUUGAAGAAACUGAAACACGCUUUUUACGGACCAACGGGACCAGUCGCCAAACUGAAACAAAAACUUAAAAAUGCUUCGCCAGUCGAAAAACCUACGCUUGGCAAAAAGUUGCAAAAAUUAGUGGCCGACCAAGAAAAAAAGUUCGCUGCGAUCGUUAAAAAUUUAACCCAGCAAGCGAUUGACGAGCGAAUCAAAACCGAGUCGGUUGACAUUGGCAGUCCGACCGCUCCUCUGGGCAGUCUCCACCCGCUGACGCUAGUGGCUAACCGCGCUCGCCAGUGGUUACUUGCUCAGGGCUACUUUGAAACAGUCGGUUCGGCGGUCGAGAGCGAUGAAUUUAACUUUGAACGUCUUAGCAUCCCGGCCGAUCACCCUUCGCGCGAAAUGCACGACACGCUCUACUUAGAUAAAUCCAACUUACUGCGCACUCACAACACCAGUUUGUCGGCCCGCGAAAUGGCACUUAGGCCAAACCAAUCUUUCGCGCAGUUUUCGAUCGGCAGCGUUUACCGCAACGACGUUGACGAUGCAACCCACUCGCACCAGUUUCUCCAGUUAGACCUAGUCAACGUUGGACCCUACGGAUUGCCGGAGUUAAUUUGA